GCUCAGAGGAGGUGUAUAACUCGGGCGAGGACUUGAUCGUGACCCCGCCCCCUUUUCACUCCUCCUCCUCCUCGGUGUGGGCGGGCGGAGAAACACGACACCAGAGACGGAGAGAGAGGAGGAGGAGGAGGAGGAAUGGGGGAGGACAGAUAGAGUGUGUAUGUGUGGUGGGAGGAGGAAGAAGAAGAAGAAGAAAAAAAAAGAAAAGAAAAAAAAGUCAGUGUGAAAGAGGGAGUGGGAAGCUGACUAAAUUACUGCGAGUCGGUGGCGACCUUUUUGGAGACGAACUGGCUGUUAGAAAAAGAAAAUGUUCGAAUGCGCGCCGACUCGCGUGACCGAGCGCGACACUAAACCCGGAGCUGGUGCGGCGUGUGUUCCUCUGUCGACGGGACGCUAUUGAUCCGGACGGGAAACUCGACACAUACACUUUUUUUUGUGGACCUUCUUCACUCUCCAAAAGUCUUGUGUGUGCGGCCGCUUCCUGCUCAGAGAGACUUAAACACCACCGAGCCCGAGGGAAGCUGCACAUUUUACUGAAACUUUAGUUUCUUUCUCGUUGUUUUGUGACUCGUGACUGACUCCGACUCUCGCCCUCUGCCGAACGGGACUGAAACAAAACAACAUGAAAACUCCCGGUGAAACGGGGUUCGCCUUUCCAGAAUGGGCGUACAAGCCCGAGUCCAGCCCGGGCUCCAGGCAGAUCCAGCUGUGGCACUUUAUCCUGGAGCUGCUCAGGAAAGAAGAGUACCACGAUGUCAUCGCAUGGCAGGGGGACUACGGCGAGUUCGUCAUCAAAGACCCCGACGAGGUGGCCAGACUGUGGGGGGCGCGCAAGUGCAAGCCUCAGAUGAACUACGACAAACUCAGUCGAGCUCUCAGGUAUUAUUACAACAAACGGAUCUUGCACAAAACUAAAGGCAAGCGCUUUACCUACAAGUUCAACUUCAACAAGCUGGUCCUCGUCAACUACCCCUUCAUAGACAUGGGGUCUACAGGUGUCGGCGUUCCUCAGAGCGCUCCUCCCGUGCCUACAGGCGGAGUGUCUCAUUUCCGCUUCCCCCCAUCGACCCCAUCAGAGGUUCUCUCCCCCAGCAGUGAGGAGUUAAGAAGCCCGGGUUCUUUCAGCAGCAUGGCACGGCGCCUGGCUCGAGGCUCAGUGUCCGACUGCAGCGAUGGCACCUCAGCCAACUCGGAGAUUGACGAGGGCAGCCUCGGUGUUGGAACGGCUGAAGAGCGGGUGCCUGAAAGAGGCUUCAGGAGCGCCGUGCCGCCUCGCUUGACCCACGAUGCUCUGUACCGGAUGUACGGAAACCACGGGGGUCACAGGGGUCAUCGUGCUCACCCAGAGCCUCUCUCACCCUUCGGUCCUGCAGGCUCGGGUCUGUUGGCACCACCACCGCUCUCGCCUGCCCUGCCUGUGACAGCGGGCACGCACCUUCCCUACACACCCUCACCCACGCUGUCACCAAUGCCAGGCUCUAUAUUCUCAUUCAGCGCUGAGGAUAUGCAGCGCUACCUGCAGGCACACACGCAGAGCGUCUAUAACUACCACCUGAGCCCACGUGCCCUCUUCCACUACCCCAACGUGGUUGUGCCCCAGCCGCAGCGACCUGACAAGCCUAUGCCUACUACCACCGAGCGUCCAUCCGUACUCGCCCACUCGUACCCGCUGGCCCCGGCUGACGACGCCCAUCACACCCCCUUUAAGUUUAAACUGCAGCCUCCACCACCAGGCAGAAAGCAGCAGCGUGAGGCACAGGGACACCAGGGCUCCCUCGGCUCUUCUUCAUCGUCCGCCCUCGGCUCUUCCCUCUCUUUCGGCAGCGACCUGAGCUCAGGCAUCGUCUCCAACUCUUCGUCCAGCGGCUCGCUCAACAGCACAGGCCUACCUAAGAUCAAGGUAGAGCCCAUCUCUGACAUUGAAUCCGAGGAGGAGGUUGAAGUCACUGACAUUAGCGACGAUGAGGGAGACGAGCGAGAUGAAGAGUUCUUCUCUGCCCAUCGUCGCAACCACCACCAUCAUCAUCAACAUCAUCACCACCACAUUUUUGGGCACCAAUCGAACGGCAUUUCUGCUCCUCCUCAAUACGACGACUCCGAGGAAGAUGUGUUUAAAGCCCCGGCUCCUCCACCACUCUUUGGUCCACCUUCCUCAUCAUCAUCUCGUGCUGGCAUGCCCGUGAUAAAGAGUGAGCCGGACACACCCACAACACCCAGUGGGCAUGGCCACGCCCCUUUGCCCUCUCCUUCUCAGUGCAUCCCACUAAAACUGCGCUUCAAGCGGCGCUGGGACCAAGAGCAGCACACCGAGGAGGCAGAGGAUAAAAAAGUCCGGGGGGACAAAAAGAAUGGAGAGGGCAGUGGAGUUGAGAUGGAGGAAAGCGAGAGCUCCGCCCCUCACAAAUUGAGCGCCGAACUGCACCGCGCUGCCGCCCAGCUGUCUCUGGAAAACAAAGACUGCUGAUACAAGUGAGGUCCUGAACAUUACACACAGGCUUGCAGAACAAGCAUCGAUACCUACGAUGCUCCAGAACUGUGGCCGCUGCCGCUCACGCACUCGCGGACGGACACGGCUCUCUUAUUUUAUUUUAUUUUAUUUUUUUUUAUUUUUUUUUUUUUAGAGAUCCACGAUACUGACAGACGAAUGCACACAGGCACCAGCACUCAAUGACGGCAGCCCAAAAACUUGGCCCCUCCCCCUCUUCACUUCCCUUUACUUCACUUCACAAACGUGUGUUUUCAAUUCAGAGCUCACCAAUGGAAACUUUUUUGAAGGUAAUCGAAGGUAAUAAGGGAAAAAGUAACACACGUGCGCACACACACACCACUGACCCUCAGGAGACUUUGACAAUUGGCACUGGAGGACAUUUUUUCUUAUUAUUUUUAUUCAGUGAAGUGCCUGCAAACGAAUCCCUCAGACUCCCACAGACAGCAAAGAGAAACAAAGGAAGAACUAAUCUUGGACCGAAGUGAUUGCAUGAUCAGCAUAAACACACAGGCAGAUCUGCCAUCAUUAGCUUUGGGUGGAGUGUUUGUCUGCUUCUCCUCAUUCUCAGAGAGGCACUGUUGUAAAUGCUCUGUGAGCUGUGCUGUACACAUAACCAGCCUGGCCAAGUUGCUCAGGGACCCUAUUUCUCACUCACACACACACACACACACACACACACACACACGUUACUUAUAAAUCCACCUGUCGCUUGUGUGAAGCCUGCACUGGACUGCAUUUCCCUAAAGCUCCUCAAUAUCGAUAUGUGAUGUAAUAUACGAGAGUUCUCUACACCUGUUACAACAUCUGUAAACUUUAAUGGUGGACAUUUGCUGGGAUUUUGUCGUGACCAUUUUGGGAAAGCAAGCUCAGAUGGGGUGUGUGUGUGUGUAUGUGUGUGUGUGUGUGUGUGUGUGUGUGUGUGUGUGUGUGUGUGUGUGUGUGUGUGUGUGUGUGUGUGUGUGUGUGUGUGUGUGUUUCUGAGCGUUCUCAGGAUCUCUCUUCUCUUUAUAUAAACCAGCUCACCUCAGCUUCUCCCCUCUCUCUCUCCCGCUUUCUUUCUUUCUUUCUUUUUUUUUUUUUUUUGCCUCAUUCUGGGACCAGAAAUCGCAGUUGUAUUCCAUUCUUUCUUUUCCUGUGUGGAUGAAAGGAUUCGUGUUUUACAGCUCUGAAGUUUGCAGUUCCGUUCUGGCUAAAUGAAGCUUCAGGAUCAUAGCCGAGUGAAGUGAAGGUGGAGAUUUUUUUUUUUUUUUUUUUAAACACAUUCUUGUCCAACAUAGUCACUCGUUCUUAGUUCUUUGGCGCUCGCUGUGUGAGUGAUCAGCAUGUCAUUCGGUGCAGAAGAGGGGCCGGAGGGCUUCGCUUUUACAUUGUGUAAGUGUAGGGUAUCCUGUGUGAGCAAUUUUUAUUUUAUUUUUUUUGUUUGUUGUUGUUUUGUUUGUUUGCUUUUUUAUUUAUUUAUUUUAUUUUUACCUGUGUGGGAAUUAGUUCCUCUCAAGUAAUCCUACAGAACCUCCUAGGGAAUUGUGGGAAGUGUAGUUUUCAGCGUCUUCACGGCGUAAGAGGCACCUGAUUCAUCCUUCAUCUUUUCCCUACACACUAACUGAUAGCAUAACAGGCCAGAAUUUUUUACACUGCCUUCUAGCACACGUCAAGAUGAAAACAUGAAAGCUCAAACUAUACUGUUUUAUAUCUAAAGCUGUUAUGUAUAUCGUAUGUAUAUUGCAAGCUGCAGCCGUGGAACCAUAGCAUUAACAAUAUAAUGAUCCAGGGUUUUGAAAGAGGUUUUGUUUUUGUUUUUUUCUUCCCCUCUAUGGCCUGGAUGUCCUAUAAAGGCAUUUUAAGGGUGGUAUUUUAUUUGGGGUCAUUUUUCUACAAGUAUGUGUGUGUAUGAUUUUUAAAAAAAAGGUUAAAAAAAAAGCGCAAGACAAAAUCACACCAAGCAUUCUAUUGAAGCAGAGCUCUGAACCUUACCUGAUGCAAGUGCCGCCAUUCUGUUCUGUUCUCUGUGUGCGUGUGCGUGCGUGUGUGUGUGUGUGUGCCUUGUCUGUACAUCUCCUGGGUAACCAUCAGUCCAGAGUUCAGCACAGUGGACCUCCUGAAGGUCUGUGAACGUGAACCCACAGCUGUGAGGACACUUGAGCACAGUACUGGACAAGAGACUGUGUGAGAUGGCCAAUCAGGACUCUGUGAGGGCGGAGUCUGCAUCCCGCCAUCAGGAAGACACACAGAUCCUUUGGGCAUGUCGUUUAGACUGUACAGUAUUUAACUUUCGACAGAACUGGCAAGUUCGAUAGCUACGCUUCUGAUGUCCUCUGUCCCCCCUCAUCCUCUUCACAUGACUGAUAGUUGCCUUAUUCUUUAUUUCACCGUUAAAACUGUCCCCUUGGCCGUUAUCCUGCCCCGGAGCCCCACCUUCUUUUCCUGACUUAUUGAAUGAUUUGGUAGGUCUUUGGACCGUCUGCGCCGAGAAAGACGUUGCUUCGUGUGAGGGACAUGGCGCAGGACUACAUCUUUUACCCAGGUUCAUUUCUCUUUCACCUUCGUUUUUUUUUUGUUUCUUUUUUCCCCCCUACUAUGUCGAAUUUGCUGUUUAUGGUUAUCUUUAUUGACAUUUUUAUUGUUUAUUUUCCUCACGUAGUCAUAAGUUUGGGUUCGUCUACUCGAGAGCAGAAUCUCUUGCCGUUAACCCAACCAUGUGUUAUACAUAUAACAGUUGAACCUUUUGAAAGUUGUAAAAUAACUAAAAGCUGUAAUUAUAUUUCAGGCUGUUAUAAUGGAGACAGAUGAUAGUGUAUGGAGUUAGAGGGGAGACGUAUGAUUUUUAACUCUGGUCAUGUUAUGUAAUUUGUUAUUUUGUAACGUUACUCUUCUGUUGAUCUUGCGUGUUUCUUUUUCAUUUGUGGGAUUACAUAAUUUGAAAAGAAACUGUAUUGCUUUAUUGUGUAAUGGUCUUCUCUCUCUCUUUCUCUCUUUACCUUCCUUCUCUCUUUAUUUCUGUGGUAUCACAGCUUUUAAUGACAGGUUGAGUUUUAAUAACAAAGUGUAACAUCUUAAUUCUCCUUGCGUUUGUUGAUUUCUGAUGUUUUUAAAUGUAAUCAGGGUUAAUUAAACUGGUUAAUACCACCUGA